AUGACUCGAUAUAAGGAUGUGUUUCGAUAUAAGGAUGUGUCUCGAUAUAAGGAUGUGUCUUCGCAUAAGGAUGCGUCUCCAUAUAAAGAUUUGUUUCGAUAUAAGGAUAUGGAUAAGAGUCGUCCCAGGACUAGUGUCUUGAGGCCAAUAGGAAUCAUGUGA